CACUAACUCUCAAGAAAUCUCCCCAUCACCUAUGGAAGAGAAAUCUCUCAUUUUCAACAACAUUAACAAUGAAACAACCUCUUCCACAAUCCCCCACUUUUCUCCUUGUUCAUCUCUCUCAAAAAGACCGCCAACCUUAGCAUCAUCAAAACAAGAAACCAAUUACAAGAAAACUAAAUGCAAUGACAUGAACAAGAAAACGAAGAAAAUUGACGACUUAAAACACCCUAUAUACCACGGUGUUCGAAAACGAAGCUGGGGAAAAUGGGUGUCCGAAAUUCGUGAGCCAAGAAAAAAAUCAAGAAUUUGGUUAGGUACUUUUGCUACUGCUGAAAUGGCUGCUAGAGCACAUGAUGUUGCUGCUAUUGCAAUUAAAGGUCACUUAGCUUUACUUAAUUUCCCUGAAUUAGUCCACCAAUUUCCUAAACCAGCUUCUAAAUGUGCUAAAGAUAUUCAAGCUGCUGCAACAAAGGCUGCUGCUUUAAACAUUUGUUCAACAAAUUGUAUUACAGAAGAGAGUCAAGGUGAGUUAAUGGAACAAUUUUCGUCUGAAGAAAUAGAGUCAAGAGAAUCAUCUUCAACUUCAUCUUUAAGUUGCAAAAAUGAGGACCCUUUUCUUGAUUUGCCUGAUCUUCUUUUGGACCUUAGUCAAAAAUUUGAUAAAUUUUGUUACUAUAAUUCACCUUGGGAAUUAGCUGGAGCUGAAAGCAACGAUUCUAAUCACAGUGAAUUUUUGCCAGAAGAUCUUUAUUUGUGGGACUACAACUAUGGAACUGUACUCUAAGAAGUCCUACAAAAUAAAGAAUUACAGUAUAAUUUUCCUCGAACGGAAUUUGGGCGCAUGAAGUUUGAAGAUCAUGGUCGAAGUGAAGUGUCUAUGUUUGACAUAGUUUUGGCAAACAGUUAAACUGGCAGUAAUUUUUCAGUUCUUAAUUACCUCAUGAAGUCGUGACAAAAAGCAAGAACAUGAAAUAGAG